AUGCCAUCAGAAGACACUGAGGAGGAUGAAGAGGACAGUGAUGUAGAACACCCUCUCUCUGAGCUGAAACACUCUGGAUAUAAGAAAUGUUCUACAGAGAAGAAAAAUGUGGACUCACGAAGGAAAGUCCAGACAGUAGAGAAGCUUAGCUGUAAAGACUGUGGCAAAACAUUUAUGGGAAAAUCAACUUUUAACAAACACAUUAGAAUACACACGGGAGAGAAGCCUUUCUGUUGUGAUAUAUGUGGACAAAGAUUUGGCCAAAAAUCUAAUUUAAACACUCACAUGAGAAUUCAUACAGGACAGAAGCCAUUCUGUUGUGAUCUAUGUGGAAAAAGAUUUAGCCAAAAAGCAACUUUAAAUACACACAUGAUAAUUCAUACAGGACAGAAGCCUUUCUGUUGUGAUUUAUGUGGACAAAGAUUUAGCCGAAAGUCACAUUUAAAUAGACAUAUGCGAAUCCAUACAGGACAUAAGCCUUUCUGCUGUGAUCUAUGUGGACAAAGAUUUAGUCAAAAAGCAACCUUAAACAUACACAUGAGAAUCCACACAGGCCAGAAGCCUUUCUGUUGUGAUCUAUGUGGACAAAGAUUUAGCCAAAAACCUGCUUUAAACAUACACAUUAGAACCCACACAGGACAGAAGCCUUUCUGUUGUGAUCUAUGUGGACAAAGAUUUAGCCAAAAACCUGCUUUAAACACACACAUGAGAAUCCACACAGGACAGAAGCCUUUCUGUUGUGAUCUAUGUGGACAAAGGUUCAGCCAAAAAUCUGCUUUAAAAACACACAUGAGAAUCCAUACAGGACAGAAGCCUUUCUGUUGUGAUCUAUGUGGUCAAACAUUUAUCCAAAAAGCACAUUUAAACACACACAUGAGAAGCCACACAGGACAGAAGCCUUUCUGUUGUGAUCUAUGCGGACAGACAUUUAUCCAAAAAGCACAUUUAAAUAAACACAUGAGAAACCAUACAGGAGAAAAGCCUUUCUGUUGCGAUCUAUGUGGACAAAGAUUUAGGCGAAAUUCGCAUUUAAACACACACAUGAGAAUCCAC